AUGCAACGAUUACAAAUAGUUGAUGGAGAAGCAGAUGAAUCUGAUUCUGAAUCAGAUGAUCAACAACAAUCUACUAGUGAAAGCCAGAAUGUCAUUACAGCAACUGAUAAUAAAAAUCGAAGAAGACAACUACAGCAACUGAACUUCAUUAACAACAAUCAAGCUAAUCCAGCCAGAAUGAGAGCUCGAGUUCAUGUUGAUGAGAAGCUAACUCAACGAUGGCAAAUUCUUGGAGCUGAUGUUUUGACGAUUGUUUGGAGACGAAAUAUGCCGGUUUGUAAGAAAGUGGAAGAAAUGGAAAAUGUCAUUGAGUCCACCUUUAACACUUUAAAAGCAUCCACCACUACAUGUCGCACCCUAUCAGACAACAUGUCAACUCUCAAUGACACGGAACUGAACGAAAUCGUUUUCAUCCUCAAAUCGGAAGCUCCGUACAUAGCACACCUGGAACAUGCCAGUAUUUUUCUCGUGAUAGCUCAGUUGGGCGAUGAACGAUGA